ACUUCGUUACAAUAAAUUUAACUUUGAAUAUGCAUGAAAUAAAUACAUCAAUCACUUCAUCAACGCUAAUAGAAGGUAAUAAAAUCUGUGUGACGUCACGUUGUUGACAAUUAAAAUUAAUCACGUGGCUGACAAACAAGUGGUUGUCUUUAGAUCUUACGUAAAUAUAUAUCUGAUAUCUUAAAUAAAUUACAACACAUGCCUAGAAACUUUUAUCUUUACAAAUGGAUGUUCAAAGAUCAUCUUAUAAGAAAUGAUAUUAUUAUUUUUUUAAUAGAUGUAGGAAUAAUUAACAUUGUAAUUAAAGACAGCAAAAUGUACUAGAUUUUAUGAUAUUAUUAUACCUCAAGAGAAGAAUGAUUUGAAAAAAGCUGAAAUUGAAAAUCAUCUCUAUUUCAUUUUAAGAAGCUUUAUUUAAUUUAGAGAUAGCAAAGAUAGAAAAUAUUUCUUAGAGACUUGCAUUACCAAUAUACUUCAACAUGAUAAGUGCCUAUUCUUUGAGAUUAUCAAGAUUUUACAAAAUACAAAAAUUUAUAUCAUGGUAUUCUUCAGCUUCAGCUGCUCCUAGUGGUGUACCUCAUACAAGAAUAAAAAAGGAAGAUGUAAAAGUGCCAAAAUCUCUUCCAUCAUCAGCAGAUGUAGUCAUAAUUGGUAGAAAUCUUUAUGAAAUUAGAUUAAUAUGGAGACUUCGACCAAGUGAUACAGAUAUAGAAAUUCUUAAUCAUACUCGUCAUUUAUUGCAUAAUGUUUUAGAAGGUGAAAGUGGUGUACAUCCAGGUUGGAUUAAUAAUGGUGGUUUGUUUAUUGCAAAUUCAAAAGAAAGAUUACAAGAAUAUAAACGCUUAAUGACAGUAGGAAAAGCAUUUGGAAUUGAUUCAUUUAUACUUUCUCCACAAGAAACAAAAGAACUUUAUCCUCUUAUGAAUGUUAGUGAUUUAUAUGGGACACUUUAUAGUCCAGGAGAUGGUACUGUGGAUCCUGCAGGAUUCUGUACCUCUCUAACCAGAAUUGCAACUAAAGCAGGAGCAAAGGUUAUAGAAAAAUGUCCUGUAAUUGAUAUCAGUGUGGAAGAAGAUGAUUUUAAUGUAAAAAGAAUUAAAUCUGUAGUUACAGAGUUUGGAAAGAUUAACACAAAUUGUGUUGUAAAUUGUACAGGUGUUUGGGCUCCAUAUAUUGGAAAUAUGGCUGGGGUAAAAGUUCCUUUAAUUGCAAUGAAACAUGCUUAUGUAGUUACUGAUCACAUUGAAGGAAUUCAAAACAUGCCAAAUGCUAGAGAUCACGAUUUAUCAGUUUAUUUGCGUUUACAAGGAGAUGCAUUGUCAAUAGGUGGUUAUGAACCAAAUCCUAUUUUUAUAGAUCAGAUUGAAAAAGAUUUUGCAUUUGGUUUAUAUGAAUUGGAUUGGGAUGUAUUUGGAACUCAUAUAGAAAGUGCAAUUCACAGAAUUCCAGCAUUAGAAAAUGUGGGAAUUAAAUCAACAGUAUGUGGACCAGAAUCAUUUACUCCUGAUCAUAAACCACUUUUGGGGGAAGAUACAGAAAUUAGAGGAUUCUUUCAUGGAUGUGGAUUUAACAGUUUAGGAAUGAAUGCUGGUGGAGGUUGUGGACGAGAACUAGCUAGAUGGAUUUUUUAUGGACGUCCAGAACUUGACAUGUACAGUUAUGAUAUUAGACGAUUCAGUUCAAAGUUAACUAAUAACAAACAGUGGAUAAAAGAAAGGAGUCAUGAAUCAUAUGCAAAAAAUUAUUCAAUUGUUUAUCCUCAUGAUGAACCAUUAGCAUCUCGUAAUAUGAGAAAAGAUCCAUUUCAUGAGGAAUUAUUAAAUAAUGGAUGCAUAUUUCAAGAAAGACUUGGAUGGGAAAGACCAGGUUGGUUUACAAGAGAGAGUGUAGCUCCAAUUGGCAAUGAAUGUCUUGGUUGUAGAGAAAAUGUGGCUGUAUUUAACAUGUCUUACUUUGGAAAAUUUUAUUUAAUGGGACCAGAUGCACAGAAAGCAGCAGAUUGGAUAUUUACAAAUGAUGUUAAUAAACCAAUUGGUUCAACAACUUACACGUGCAUGUUAAAUGCAAGAGGUGGUGUAGAAGCCGAUUUAACAGUAAGCAGUAUAAAGAGUGGAGAUAACAGCUCAUGUGAUCCAAAAUUUGAUGAUGAUGGAUUUUACAUUGCAGCUGCUGGUGCUGCUUCUCAACAAAAUUUUUCUCAUAUACAAAGUACAAUUCAAGAUAAAAAAUUUCAAGUGUCAUUGAUUGAUGCAUCAGAAGAAAUGGGAAUGUUAAGUAUCCAGGGGCCAAAAAGUCGAGAAUUGCUACAAUUACUAACAGAUGAAGAUUUGAGUAAUGAAGCUUUCCCAUUUUCAUCAAAUAAAGUCAUUAAUUUUGCAGGACAUAAAGUCCGAGCACUUCGUUUAACAUUUGUAGGUGAAAUGGGUUGGGAACUUCAUAUUCCUAAGGAAAGCUGUCUUCCAAUUUAUAAAGCUCUGAUGAAUGAAGGAAAGAAAUUUAAUCUCAUAAAUGCUGGUUAUAGAGCAAUUGAUUCUUUGAGUAUUGAAAAAGGUUAUAGACAUUGGCAUGCAGACAUCCGCAUGGAUGAUACACCCCUGGAGGGGUCCUUGGGCUUUACUUGUAAAUUGAAGACGUCAGUUCCUUUUUUGGGACGAGAUAUGUUAGAAAAACAGAAAAAAGAAGGUUUAAAGAAAAGAUUAGUUUGUUUUACAUUAGAUGAACCCAUACCUUUGUGGGGUUUAGAAGCCAUAUGGCGCAAUAAUAGAAUAGUUGGAUUUCUUAGAAGAGGUGAUUAUGCCUUCGCUCUAGGAAAGAGCAUUGGUUACGGAUAUGUAAAAGCCCCGGGAGGUGACAACAUCAGUAUCGAUUACAUUAAAAGUGGAGAUUAUAAAUUGGAAUGCAUGGGCGUAACUUAUCCUGCCAACGUGCACUUAAAAACGCCAUUUGAUCCUGCUAAUAAAAGAAUAAAGGGAAUAUACGACGAACCUCUACCUAUAUACGCAGAUAAAUACGUUUAAUUAAUGUUUUAUACAUUAAGAAUUUACAUUUGAAUGAUAUAUUUCCGUAAAUAUGUAAUAUAAUUUUUUUAUUAUUAUUAUUAUUAAAAGAAUCAA